AUGUCACUCGAUUCAGCAAUGCCACUGCCGAAAGAUAACAUAUCCCUGAACGCUGUACCGGAGGUCGAAUUCUCUCAGUUCUUGCCGAUUCUUCCUCAAGAGAUGAUCAGAGAGAUAUUAUUGAGACUCCAUGUAAAAUCCCUAUUGAAAUUCAGGCGUGUUUACAAAUCAUGGCUAUCUUUGAUCUCCAGCCCAGAAUUCAUGAAGACCCACCUCAAAAUUUCAAGUAAUAACACUAUAUACUCCCACAAUAGCCUAAUUCUGGGACGUUCCUCUAAUUCUCUGGAUCUCUACACUUAUCUCCGUUACGAUGAAACAGAAGAAAUCCCAUCUAUGGAUAUUGUUCCGCUUGAUUGUCCUUUAUCUGAACCAGUGACUAUACUACGAAUUGUGGGUUCUUGCAAUGGGUUGCUUAACAGAAUCAUUGAUGGCCCUCUUGGAUUCGUAUUCACUGGUUGCGGUGUAUUUGUGAAUGGAGCUAUCCAUUGGAAAGUACUAUACCCCAGAAAUAACCCGAGGGAUUGGUUUAUUGUGGCACAUGGAAUUACAACUGAUAGAUUAGAAUUGGUGCGCAAACCCAAGUAUGAAACAGGGAUUGGCGAUGCAAUGCUUAUAGUGUAA